GUUUUUAUCUCUUAAAUGAAUAAAAACAAAAGUUUAAAAAAAUGAUAAAAAGAUUAUUUAUGAUUAUCACUUUUUGAAUUUUUAUUUGUUUUAUUUAUCAACAUUGAACAAUUUCAUUUAUUUCUUAAUAAAAUCUAUGAAACAUUUAAACAAUAUAUAGGAAUCAUUUUAAGGACAAAUAUAUCAUCAGAUACAUGCAUACAAACACACACACAUACAUACAUACAUACAUACAUACAUAUAUACACAUGUACACACCCAGAGACUAAUAACAACCAUGUUGUCAAAUUUAUCUAAAAAUUGACACCGAAAAAUAAAAUUAUCUCAACAACAAAAAAUUAUUGAAAAGUUUACUUAAAUAUGAAAGAUUUUAAAACUGAUUAUAAAUUACCAACUAAUUUACCUUAUUCAACAUCAUCUUCAUCUUCAUCCUCAACCUCAUCCUCGUCAACGACGUCAUCAUCAUCAUCAUCAUCGAUAUCAUCAUCUUCAUCAUCAUCAUCAUCAGUAAUGUAUAUAAACAAUAAACUAUCAGAUAAUACAUUAAAACAUUCAUUUUAUAUCACUGAUCAUAAUCAGAAUAAUAAUAAUAAUACUAAUAAUAAGGAUAAUAAUAAUAGUACUACUAAUUGUAAUACCACUGAACGUAAAUUAAAAACAAGAUUAGAAUCAUUUCCAAAAAUGUAUAGUAUCCAAGAGAAUAUUGAUUAUGAAUUCGGUAUAAAAUUACCAAAAAUGAUUACAAAUUAUCAUAAUAAACAAACAAAAUAUUAUUUAAAUUUAAAUUAUAAUAAAUUUUAUAAAAAACGUAAAACAUUUAAUUUAAUGAAUUAUACAACAUAUAAGCCAAUAUUGAAUUAUUCUUAUAAUAAUGAAGAGAAUGAUAUCAAUAAAGGAAAUAAUAAAUUAUCAUUACAACGUUCACUUGUAACUAGUUGUACGAAUACUACUAUUACUACUACUACAACAACUACUACUACUGCUAAUACUACUUAUAACAAUAAUAGUAAUCAUAAUAAUAAUAAUAAUACAAAUAGUACAUUUUAUAAACGUUCUGAUUAUGGACGAUUUAAACGUAGUAAAGAUUGUGGACCAUCUUUAUCUGAUGUUCCAAUGAAUGUUGAUUUUAAUACAUUAAAUCCAUCAUGUACAUCAAAUCGUUAUCAUAUAUUUAAUUUUGAACAAGUGAAAUAUUUAGAUGAAAUAAUGAAUUCAUUUAUAAGUAUUUCACCAAAGCCUUUGUAUCAAAAUUUUUUAGGUACAAAUAAUAUUAUAUCAACAUCAUCAUCAUCAUCAUCAUCAUCAUCAUUAACAACUACAUCAUUACCAACAAUCAUUAGUAAACCAUGUUCAUGUUUCUGUACACAUGAUCCAAUUAUUAAUGAUUUUAUGAAACAAACAUAUACAAAACAUUCAGAUCAUUUAUCAUCUGAUUGUUUGAUUAAUUCGACUAAUUUUAACAAUACGGAAAAUCGUGAUAAUAUUGAUAAAGUAAUCUCUUCAUCUGUUCCAACUACAGUACCAGUAUCAAAAGGAAAUAAUUUAGUAACAUCCAUUUCGGACGGCUCUUCCAAUAGUGAAAUCAAUAACACAAGUAAUGAUAAUACCAUAAAUAAUGCUUAUCAAUAUCUAACAAAUGAUUCUUGCUUACCUAAUCAUCACAAUACAAUUUCACAUUCUCCUAUUCCGUUUACAUUACAACAACCACCGAAACUACCAACUAUUCGUACACAAUUAAAGAAACUUAUUAGAACAAUACGCGAUGGAUUACUGAAAGAAUCAAUACCAGUUAAAGAGAUACGCUUAAAUGGUGAAGUUGCAAGUUCUAUUAUUAUUGGUUCAGAAAAUAAACCAACAUUUCAUGAUAUAGAAUUAUUAUUUUAUGUUGAUUUAUCUAAUUCUACAACAUGUACAAAAAUUAAAUCAGUAAUAUAUACAUGUAUUGAAAAUAUUUUAAAAGAUACAAUUAUUUUAGAAAAUUUAUCAAAUAUUACAAAUCAUUGUAUAUUUUGUUAUCAUUCUACAUUACCAUUGAAUAUAUCAACAAUACAUACAACACAGAAUCCUUUAUCAUCAACAUCAUCUUUAUCAUGUAAUUGUAAAUAUUGUUCAUAUUAUAAAUUGAAUUCAUUCAAUAUACCGGUUCAUUUAAAUAAAGAAAAUGUAGAAAAUUUAAAUCAACAAAAAAUCAAUAAAAAUCAAUUAUCUAAUUACUAUUUUCCUAUCAAUCAAUCAUUUAUUCAUCGUCAACCCUUACAUGAAAAUCAAUUCAAUACUAUAUCAUAUAAUAAUAAUAUUAUAAAAGAGAAUCCAUCUAAAUAUUUUAUGUUAAAUAAUAAACAAACAAUAAAUAAUAAUAAUAAUAAUUAUGAUUAUUAUAAAUUAAAUCAUUCAUUAUGUCAUUAUCAUUCAUUAUUAUCAUCUAUAGAAUGUCCAAAAUGUUCAACAUGUUCAACAUUAUUGAAUCCAUUCAAUCAACAUAACAAUAUAAAUUAUAAUAAUAAUAAUAAUAAUAAAAGUAAUAAUAAUAAUAAUAUUAUUAUGAUUAUUAAACAAUAUAUACAAAAAAUAAUACGUAUCUAUAAACCAACAAAUACUACUUAUGAUUCAUGGUUACUAUUUAUUAUUGGUUAUCAUACAAUUAAUAAAUCGAAUGAAAAAAUUAUAAAAAUUAAAUUUAUUGAUCGUAUAUCACGUGAAUAUGAAUUUACAAUUGAUAGUUUUCAUAUAAUAAUUAAUAAUUUAAUAAAAUUUUAUGAUUUAAAAAAAAAUAAAAAAAAUAAAAAAAUAAAAAAAAUCAAUAAAAAUUAUUAUCCAAUUAUAGUAAUUAAAUCAGUAGCAUGUAGUUAUAUAGAAGCAUUAAAACAUUUAAAUAAUAAUAUGAUAGUAAUAUAUAAACCAGAAGAAAUAUAUGGUGGUGGAUUAUUAAAAUAUUGUAAAUUAUUAAUAAAUGGUUAUAAACCAUGUAAAAUGAUUGAUAUAAAAUUAAUGGAAAAAUAUAUGUGUUCAAGAUUUUUUAUUGAUUUUUCAAAUAUAUUAAGUCAGUAUUAUCAAUUAAAUGAUUUUUUAAUGAAUUAUAUAGAAAAUAAUUAUAAAAUAAAAAUAGAUUAUUUAAAUAUCUUAUAUGAAGUUGUUUCACAUUCUACAAUCUGUUUAAUGACACAUGAAAGACAACAAACAUUAUGCUUGAUUCAAAUGUUCUUACGUGAUGUUAAUGAACAAGAAAAACAAAAUAAACAAUCUGUUGUACAUUUGCAAGAAUUCUCGUCAAAAGAUUGGGCAUUAGAUAAAGUAUUUUACGGGACUAAUUACUUUCCUAAACAAUUAUAUUCAAUAAAUGAUCAACAUGAAUUAUAUGAAUUAUACAAUCCUCAAUGUCAAUUUGAAUUCAUGAAUAAUUCAAAAGAUAUAACUGAUCAACAAAAUUCUACAAUUUCUAACUCAUUCCAAUCAAAUAUUGAUUUGAAACAUGUAAACAAAGUGGAAAACACUUUGAAUGUUGAAGAUGAAAAUAAUGAUAAUAAUGAUGCACAAAGUCACAACAACAACAACAACAACAAUGACACUGAUGACAAUGACAAUGAUCAUACACAAUUUACAAAUGAAUCACAAACUGAUGUAAACUAUAAUAAUAACAAUAAUUACAUUGAGAAAUCUAUGGAAAAUAAUAAUCACUUACAAAAGACUGUUGACAAUUCAAUUUAUAUAAAGAAAACAAUGAAUGAUAAUGAAAAUAUACAGAACAUUUCACAAAUUCACAAUAAAAUGACAUAUUCAAAUCAGAAACUAUUAUGUAUGAAUAAUUGUGCAUUAUGUAAUCAUCAUAUUCAUUCUCAACUCUGUCAUAAUCAUUAUCCUCAUCAACAUGAUAAUAAUAAUUAUUAUUAUCAUAAUCCGUACUGUUAUCAUUAUCAUCAUCAUCAUCAUUCUUGUCAAUUUAAUAAUGAAUUAUAUUACAUACCACAAAUUGUCACCUAUUUUCCUGCUAAUGAAUAUCUAUUUCCAUUAUCUACAAAUAAGAAUCAAGCAUUUUAUUCAAUGCCACAUAAUAACAUUCCAGAUCAUAAUAAUGAUACUACUUGUAAUACUACUAUUAAUACUACUACUGCUACUUCUACCAUUACAAAUAAUGGUAAUCAUCCAACAAUAAAUAUUCUAUCCAAUAAACUUCCACAUUAUCAUGCAAAAAUACUUCUACCACAGGAUAAUAGUGUAGAAGCAACAAAUAAUGGCAAUAUACGAUAUUAUGUCGGUGUACCAUGCUCUUAUCCAUCGAAUAUAAUCUCUUCGAAAUAUUCUUCAAAUAAUAUUAAUAAUAAUGUUAAUAAUAUUAAUAAUAAUAAUACUGUACAAACAAGAGAUGAUAUAUUAACCUAUUGUGGUGAACCAUUUAUUUAUUAUACACCAGAUCAAAAUUAUUAUAUUUAUUCCACACCAACAUCAAUAUCAACAUCAACUAUUACUUCAUCUAUACAAGAAAAUAUUCCUAUAUUGUAA